AUGGUAGCAAACAAAAGCCACUUUGUCGGUUCAAUCUACAAUUUUGUUGGGUCCUUGCUGUUUUCUGGUUUCAUCGGUCUACUUAUCGAGUUCCAGCAGUUCUAUAGUAAGUUUGAAUUUUUUGUCAACACCCACAUAGACUUACUUUUUCAGAAAGUAUCUCUCUACUACAAUGAGGUUAGAAAUCUUGAAACUUGCAGCAAAAAAGGCUGUAAAUAUUGCGGGGAAUAUGAAGGAUUCUUAGCUGAAAAUGAGAUUAAUAGAGUCAUGGAUAAGCUUGGGUUGGAGCGUAUUAGUGAGGAGAGUGGUAGUAAAAAGGAUAACUUAUGUAGAAAAUGCUGGGUUCUGCAAGGAGCUUUCCUCUUUUUGGAAGAGAAGGAAGCAAGCACUGAAGAACUGGAAGAAGCUUUUUCUGUAUUUGAUCAGAACAAAGAUGGAAUCCUAGAUGCGAAUGAGUUGCAUUAUGUCUUGAACAAGUUGGAGCUCAAAGAAGGUGCAAAGUUGGAGGACUGUGAAGAGAUGAUUAGAGCUUAUGACUUGAAUGGAGAUGGUAGGAUAGAAUUGUCCGAGUUUAAGUACAUGUUAGAAAAUGCAAACUAA